ACUAUACACGGCCGCGUUGACAUAUCGUGCAGUUUCUUCGUCUCGUGCGUUAUGGUUAGCGUUGAAUAGCUGCUCAAGUUGACCCCUCUAUGUGAACUUUAUGAUUCUUUGGAAUAACUUGUUAACAAAAUUUAGCGUAGUUUCAUUAAGAACAGGCUCGUGAACGAAAUUUCCGUGGUGCGAGAAGAGUUCUAGUAUUCGUGGAAAAGCGGUACGCAAUUGGCCCUCGACGAGGGAGAAUCGAAAGCGUCGAAAGUAACGAGUCAUCUACCGAUUCAAGAUGGCAGAAGGCCAGGAUACUCGAAAGAAAAUCACGGUUAAUGUCAAAACGCCAAAAGAAAAACAGACCAUCGAGAUCGAGGAAGAUGCUAGUGUUAAAGACUUUAAAGAGGCGGUGUCGAAGAAGUUCAACGCCCAGACGGAACAGUUGUGCUUGAUCUUUGCUGGAAAGAUCAUGAAAGAUCACGAAAGUUUAACUACACAUAAUGUUAAGGAUGGCUUGACGGUGCACCUGGUUAUCAAAGCACCACGUACUCCAUCUAAUCAGAAUCUAGAAUCAACACCAUCCCAAAGACCACAAGCUGAGAUAAAUGCCAGCCCUUUCGGAUUAGGGAGUUUAGGAGGACUUGUAGGACUGGAAUCACUUGGUUUGGGAUCUGCUAAUUUUAUAGAUUUGCAACAACGUAUGCAACGCGAAUUACUGUCAAACCCAGAAACUAUGCGUCAAGUGCUCGAUAAUCCAUUGGUGCAAAGUUUAAUGAAUGAUCCAGAAAAUAUGCGUGUCUUGGUCACAGCUAAUCCUCAAAUGCAAGAGCUGAUGCAACGCAAUCCAGAAAUUAGUCAUAUGUUGAACAAUGCAGAACUGUUAAGGCAAACAAUGGAGCUGGCACGCAAUCCUUCAAUGCUACAAGAAUUAAUGCGUUCUCACGACAGAGCCCUAUCUAAUCUAGAAAGCAUUCCUGGUGGCUACAGUGCACUUCGUCGCAUGUAUCGCGAUAUUCAGGAACCUAUGCUUGCAGCAGCAGCCAGUGAACGCAAUCCUUUUGCAUCAUUAGUGGAAAAUAACGGUGGCCCAGAUGGUCAGGCUAAUCCACAGCAAGGUCAAGAAAACAGGGAUCCUUUGCCAAAUCCUUGGAAUCAGAAUCAAAGUAACACUUCCAACCCCCAACCACAAGGAAGGGGUCUGUUGGAUUCGCCAGGAAUGCAAAGCCUUGCCGCUCAAAUGAUGGAAAAUCCGCAGCUAAUGAGAAACAUGUUGAACGCACCUUACACAAGGUCUAUGCUAGAAGCCAUGGCUGCAGAUCCUGCUAUAGCUAAUAGGGUGAUUGCCGCCAAUCCUUUCCUUAGAGGAAAUCCACAAAUGCAAGAGCAAAUGAGAGCUAUGAUGCCUGCAUUCAUCCAACAAAUGCAAAAUCCACAGAUUCAGAAUGUUGUUACAAAUCCUGACGCGUUAGCUGCUAUUAUGCAAAUUCAACAGGGUAUGGAACAGUUACGCACUGUUGCUCCAGAACUUGUUGAAAACAUGGGCCUGACUGUGCCAACUGCGGCAACACCACCAAACACGGGCACAACAAACCCACCAACAUCGACUACACAAUCAUCGGACACAAACCAACAAGAUGCAUUCUCUCAGUUUAUGGCGCGCAUGGUAUCGGCGAUGGCAUUAAACCAAGGCGUAGAAGUGGAUGGCCAACCUGUGCCUCCACCAGAGGAGCGUUAUAGAGCACAGUUGGAACAACUUACGGCUAUGGGAUUUGUUAAUAGAGAUGCCAAUUUACAAGCAUUGAUUGCCACAUUUGGAGAUAUAAACGCUGCUGUUGAACGGCUAUUGUCUAAUGGACAAGUGUCCAUGAGCUAACUACCAAUAUGUAAUACUGUUAUUCCAUUACUAUUUUUAAUUUCUCCCUUAUUUACCUCUUGCAACCGGCGUGGUGAGAGAUAUUUGAGGUAACUGGCUGUCAGAAAAAUUAUAAACUUCUACCCCAACUCUUGACAGAAUACACGCUACUGACUCGUUCAAUAUGCAUUUUUAUUUUGGAUUUGGUACUUUAUCGUACACGAUACAAAUAACUACCGGUAUCUAAAUGUUAAACUUGUUCGCACGUCUCACAUUCGAAAUUUCCUAGUUUAAUUCUGUAUUCUGUAUGUUUUUCUCGAUGUGCUCCAAGUACUAGAUAGACUCUGGUAAUGUAUUUCGUCGGUGUAAAUUUGUUUAUCACGCAUUCAAGAGAAUUAUAUUAUUAGAUCGUAAUACGUGGGACUGUCUUGU